UCAGCUCCUACAUCUCUAUCUUUAUUAUAUUAUAUUAGGCAACGCACAGGAUAAUUGAAUUUCGUCAAAGCUCCGGUUACCCGCCGGCGGCAUAUGCUCGUCUCCUAGUGUAGGUUACGUCAUUCGUGUGAAAAUUUUCAAGUUUAGUAAUUCUUUUUGUUUUGUUUAAUCCAACUGGUCUUUUGGUUUUCGGAUUUGCUGGAUUUUGGCUACGCUUCUCCUAAUAUUCCGGUUUCCAGAAGCCAACCACUCAACAGACACACAAACCAACCGAAACGAAUCAAAAUCUCCCCUUUAUUUUCUUUUUCUUCCACAAAUAUGGUAAAGAGGGAACCAACAAAAUAGUACAACUCCAAACAGCUUGACAAGUUCGCUCUGUAAAAUUAGCUACGUACAGUCAACACUUUCCCUCUAAUUACGCUUCCUUUUUAUCUCUAGUCUACGCCAAGAGGUUCAAAGAUUUUAUGGCUGUUUCCAAGUCUUCCUCGGGCAAGCAACAAAACGACCGUGAUCAAGAAUAUCACAAGAAAUCGGAGCCGUUGAUUCCAGGGCUACCCGACGAGAUCGCAGAGCUUUGUCUUCUUCAUCUUCCAUAUCCAUACCAAUCGUUGGCACGUUCAGUAUGUUGCUCAUGGAACAGGACCAUAACCAACCCUGGCUUCCUUCUCUCCAGGAGAUCCUUAUCGCUUUCUCUGCCUUAUCUGUUCGUUUUCGCUUUUCAUAACUCAACGGCCAGGAUACAAUGGCAAGCUUUUGACCCGCGAUCAGGCCGUUGGUUUAUAUUACCUCCCAUGCCUUGUCCCAAGUCUGUGUUCCCACCAGGGUUUGCUUGUACUUCGAUUCCACGUCAAGGCCAGCUCUACGUUUUAGGUGGUAUGCGUUCAGACACACAAACUUCCAUCAACACAACGGUCGUCUACACUACAUCCACAAAUCAAUGGUCCAUAGCGUCUCCCAUGGUGACCCCACGGUCGUUCUUCGCUGCGGGGAAUGUUAAUGGCAAGAUCAUUGCCGUCGGUGGAAGUGGGGCCGAGUAUAAUGAUUCCAUCACCUCUGUAGAGUGCUAUGAUACACGGAAGGACACGUGGGAACACGUUGCUAAAAUGCGCGUGGGAUUGGCCAGGUAUGAUUCGGCUGUGGUGGGGAGCAAGUUGUACGUGACAGAGGGGUGGACGUGGCCUUUCCUGUUUUCGCCAAGAGGAAGUAUUUACGACCUGGAGAAUGACACGUGGCAGGAGAUGAAGGACGGGAUGAAAGAAGGUUGGACCGGGGUGAGUGUGGUUGUGGGCGACAGGCUGUUUGUAAUUUCAGAAUACGGUGAUUGCCCGAUGAAGGUAUAUGUUCCUGAUCGUGACGCGUGGCAGUACGUAGGUGGUGAUAAAUUCCCACGUGAGGCAAUGCAGAGGCCAUUCGCUGUGAGUGGAGUGGAAGGGAGAAUCUACGUGGUGUCAAGUGGGCUAAACGUGGCAAUAGGGACACCAAUCGAGGGACAAAACGCGGAGUUUAUAGCGAAGUGGGAGGUGGUGGCUGCCCCAAAGGGUUUCCACGACUUCUCCCCUUUGAGUUGCCAAGUGCUUUAUGCCUAGAAAUCCCUCUUUCAUACAAAAUGCUACCUAUAACUGUAAGGCAGUGGAGUUUUACACUUUUUACAUGUAAAUUGUUCUAGUUCAUGUUCACGGAGGAAUAUAAGAGCUGGUUUAUAAA